GGGCCGCAUGGCAGGAGAGCUGGGGAAGGAAUGGAAAAAGCGGACUGCAAAGAUGGAGAAGCUUUUGGGGAUGAGGAGAUAUGGGAACCGAUGGUGGAUCUUCAAAGUGUGCAUUGCGGUGGGGCUGUGUCUGUUGGCCCUAUCCUCUCUGUAUAAGUGGGUGUCAGUCUCGGGCGACGAUGAGCAGUAUCAAGUAAACUUUCACUCGCACACCUUCGGCACAGGCUUGCAAAGCGGAUCGAACGACCAUGUCAGGAAGCAUGCGAAGCAAACUGGGGUUGUCACGUCGGAGUUGCUGGAAGUGCUCGAGGACACGGGGACAUCGACCCUUUCGGACGCCAUAGACUUCUUGAACUCGAAGUUUGGCGCCCUUCCGAUCUCCCAGCAGCCUGUUGAGGUCUUGAAGUGGGCUGCUCGGGUCCUGCCGCGACGACGAUGGGCGCAAGUUACAAGUUUCGGCCUGUCUGGACUUGUCAUUACCGACAUUCUCGUCAAAGAGAAACUCAUUCACCGAGCGGAAGUCGUCACUAUUGACACUCUACAUCUCUUCCCCGAGACUUACGACCUGAUAGACAAGGCGAAGGCACAUUAUCACCUGGACAAGCUGAAGGUGUACCGCUGCAAGCAUGCAACCACUAGGAAAGAGUUCGAGACGAAAUAUGGGAGCAAACUCUACCGCGGAGACCCGCUGCUGUACGACUUUGUUUCCAAGAUCGAGCCCAUGAAACGAGCGCUCAACGAACUGAGGAUCGUGGCUUGGAUCACAGGCAGGAGGCGAUCGCAAGGGGGGGAGCGACAGUUUCUCAAGCUCUUCGAGAUAGACAAGGGGGACGGAAGGCUAAAGAUUAACCCUCUGACGCAUUGGAGCAGGGAAGAUGUGUGGGAGUACGUGACGAGAAAUCAGAUCCCCUACAACAAGUUGCACGAUCAGGGAUAUUUUUCCAUCGGGGAUGAGAUGUCGACUGCAAAGGCGACUCCAGAAAUGGGUGAGAGAGCUGGGAGAUGGCUGGGAGAGAACAGGACUGAGUGCGGCAUCCACCACUCGCAGCAUGCGGAGUCGAUGGAGGGAAUGAUGAAGCAGGCGGAGCGAGUCCGGGCAGGGUAUGUGUGGGAACAAGGAGCCCUACGACGAGCAAAGGAAGCAGGAAUCACUCAGGUCACUGAGGAGAACUUCGAAGAGGAGGUGGUGAAGAGCACCAAGCAUAUUCUCUUGGAGAUCUACGCCCCUUGGUGUCCCCAUUGUCGCAAUUUAGAGCCCCAGUUCAAUGCCUUGGCACAUUUCCUGCGUGAGAAGGAGAAGACCCGAGAUCCAAACUCGUGGACCAAUCCAGGACCAAUCAAGCUGGCCAGGAUGGACGGUUACCAAAAUAAGAUCCCGGCGAGGUGGUCCAAGAUGAUUCAGUUCGACUCCUAUCCUUCCAUAUAUCUCGUAUACCGAGGCAUGCAGAUCAAGCCGAGCAGAUACCUGGAAAAGAGCCACGAGGCCGAGGACAUGGAGCGGUGGAUAAGAUUUGAGAUUCACCGCAUGGAGAGAGUUCGUGCCGAUCUUGCUUCUCUGCAAUGAUUCGCGCUCAAGACGAUUGCGAUCAGUCCGAUAACCUCAAGGAAUCCUAUCUAUCUCGACUCAACAGGAACCAACUGUGAGGUUUCAACACUGUCAUAACAACAAGGACGAGCUGGGCGGUUGCACAUGCAUACAGGCGUGUGGAGCUAUCAGCAGCGCAGUCUUGAUGUUUUCAGCUUAAGGGUUUCAGUCGCGUUCAGACUCCAAAUUCUCAACAUCUCCAAUUCCGCAACGUCACUCACAGUCUUCCAAAUUAUUGAUUUGAAAUGAAAAACUACCCUUAAAGAUCUAACUCCACCACAUCCUUCUCACUUCAUCUCAGCAGAUGUUGCCAAGACGCUUUAGUACUCCGAUUGCUUCUUCUUGCUCUGAAAACUGUUGGCAUACAAGGAAGAAUCCCCUUCCUUGUUCUCCUUGUCGGUGUGAGAGUAGACAGGCUUGUACUUGAACGAUGAGAUGUAGCUGUCAUCUCCAUUGUACAACUCAGCUGAUCCAUGAUCCCACCAUUUCAAGCUGUUGACCGCCACAAGCCCUGAGAACAUUGUCUGCCGGAAAUAUCC